AUGAGCGGAACAGUGCCCUUCCGACAGGACCUCCCUCCGCAGGGAGGCUACCAGCCCAUCCGAUACAAGAGGAACCUUCCCGGCAAGAACCCUAGCGGCAUCGCCGUCUUUGGCGCCAUGUUUGCCAUCUGCGGCUACGGCUUCUACAAGGUCGGACAGGGCAACCUCGAGCAGCGAGAGCUCAAGAGGGAACGCGCCUGGUCCCGCAUCCACCUCAUCCCCAUGCUCAUGGCCGAGGCCGACCGCGACGCGUACCGAAGGGAGCAGGCGCAGCUCGCAAGAGAAAAGGAGAUCAUGAAGGACGUGCCCGACUGGGAGGCUGGCAAGUCGGUCUACAACACCAAGAGGUACACCGCUCCCAACUUUGUCGUGCUCUAG